UAUAAAUAAAAAGAAUGCGCUAUAAAUAGUGCGAACUAGAUAAAAAUAGUAUUGGUUUUCCCAUCUACCCUUCUAUUUUGGGCACAUUAUUGGAAUAAUGCAGAUGUGAUGACUACACAUUUAUCGGACUUUUCACACGUGCUGAGCACGUGGGAGGUAUAUCCACGGGCACAUCACUUUCAGACACGAUUCAAUGACGUUUAUACAAGAUAUAAGAAAAUAGCAACGGAAGGUCCCCAUUCGACAAUUUUUAAAGAUUCAAAACUGAGGGAACCGUUGGAGAAAUUGUAUUGUCAGUUGGGAAAUACCCUCAGAGUUAUCGUUAUAGGACGGAACGAUCUUCAAAUAAAAUGUUUCAUUUCUUCACCUCAACGUGCAAAAGGUCCGACCUAUUCUCCAUUGCUGGAUGGCUCAAAAUCAGGGCCUGAAGAUCAAACCACAACGCUUGUCAUCUGUUAUGCAGUGAUAAAUCAUUUUGAUAGCGAAGGGUUGAAGGAAGUUUUAGAUACAUUAGAGUAUUUCAAAUCCAUGGAAGAGAAAUUGAGGUCAUGUAUAAUUGCUCCUCCGCUAAUUGUUUGCCAAACGAGAAUGAUCCACGACAGAAAUGUAUCAGAAACUGACCAGUUUCGUUCUAGUUUAAUUUCUACAGCGGAGAAGUCAUUUGGUAUGAAAUUAGAAGCUGGAGAUAUCACCAUGGACCUAGAUGAAACAGCACUCGGCGGCAUGAUUUCCGAAAUUCUAGAAAGAAAAAUCAUCCACGGCUUUGUCAACAUGAGCACACAGUUACAGGAUUUCAUCGGUGACAGAUGUUUUGUAUCAGACGCGAUCAAUGUACUAGAGUCAGAGCAAUUAAUCACCUCAAUACAGGGAUUUCUGAAGAAUGGAUUAGGAUUUGUAGAUAUACUAGAGACCAGGAAAGACGAACCUUUCAUAGAAACAGUGCUCCGCAGUGCCGUUCGUGUUAUCCGAUGCGCCAUAAUGGCACCAUUGUCUGCUAAACACAGCUUGCCCCAGGACACAUGCAAUCGCAUUGCUCAUGCAUCCAACUUCGAAGACGACUUAAUCAGAUACGUUUCGAAAAACACGCGCUACCACCUGUCAAAGCUCGAAAAGCCUUGUGACGAAAUGGUUAAAGCAACAAAAUCAGGUAACAAGUCGCACUACUUUCCAGGCAGAAGUUUCGUAUUUAUUGCAUACCCGUUGCGUGAUGACAUCAAAAAGGGUUUUGAUGAACUGGAACAGAAACUUAUUUCUGUGAGACGUAUUGCAUCCUCUAUGAGGAAGAUGUUGUUCGAAAUCCGCGGAUACUUCAGUCAGUCUAUCGGGAGUACGGGAGCCAUCCAGACAAGUACAAAAAUCCCGGACAAUCUUAGGAGAGAAAUCAUGACGUUAGAUGGUGUGUAUGGUAUGGGAACAAUCUAUGGGCAAGUUGAAAUACACCUGCGGAAAAUGGAAAAAGAGAAGAAAACAGACGUACAGAAUAAAGUUUCGGAAGUAAUGAAUUGUUUCAAGUUCCUCCAACCGUACCGUAUUAUCAGCGUAUUACAAGAGCCGCGAAAUCUCUUAGCUUUCGCGUCAGGACGCGGUAUAAAGAGUCCAAACGCUCAUAAAAAUGAUAAUUACCGAAAUGGUACUUUGGGUGGCUUUGUUCGUAGCCGUAGUAACAAAAAACAGUUGUACGGGCUAACUUGCGCUCAUGUUGUCCAUGGAAACGGUAAUGCACACGACGUCUUUAUCCUAAGCGAAACAGAAGAGAUGAUCUUGAUCGGAAAAAGUCUUCCAAGAAUGACGGUUUUCCCUGAAACGAACUAUACCGCCUUUAUUGACAUCGCAGCCAUAGAAAUCAUAGAAGAAUAUCGGCCACAAUGCGCUCUUUACCUGAAGGAUGAACACGGAAACGAAAAAAGAGCCGAAGUGUUUGAAGGAAAUCCGGAGACAAUUGUUUCAUUAUUCAUUUACAAGUACGGAGCAACUUCAAAUCUGACGAAAGGUAUCGUGUGCUCGACCGACUACAGCUUGUUUGGUGCGGAUGCAAGAGAACUAGUUGUCCUUAUAGACAGUCUCCAAUUAGCAGAGGCAGGUGCGUACGCGCAAGAUGGUGACAGUGGCGCUAUUAAUUGCAUGACUGAUAUAUCAAAUCAUAGCACUAUCAAGGCAGUUUCAAUGAUAAACUGUGGUGGAUUUUUAUUAGAAGACCAAGAAAAUGAAUUCUGUUUGUCAUUCCUGUUGCAUAAUGGGAUAAAACGAUUGCAAGAGUCUGGUGGGGUUGAGCUAGAACUCUCUGCGUGUGAGAACUAACUUUCAAAAUGUUACUACAGUAGUACAUUGUAUAAUUUAUUCUGUUAGUGACACAAUGUUACAAAUAUGGUAUGUUACGGCAUAGAAAGGUUUUAUAAACUGAAUUUAUCGAGAACUGCAAUGCUUUAGAUAAUUUCAGGGUACAAAUUCGACAAACAGUCAAAUACAUGUAUAUAUAUAUUUUUUUUUGCAAACAUUCAUUUAUAUCGUUGUAUUCCUUAACAUAAAUAUACCGUCUUGGGAAAAAAUGCCACCGUGAGCUAUCUAAUCGGAGCAAUGUAAACGAUUAUAGCUUUAGUAUGUAUUGUCACACCAGAAGUGCUUUAUCGAAUCUAUUAAUAUUGUACAGAUAACGCAUGUUUUUCCUGUUAUAACAUAUUUCGAAUCCCGAGCGACUGGUUGGUGCCCAUUGAUGAUUUAUUGAUGUACAGUGCCUCGGGGCAUAUUAUAAGAUAACUGUUUAGUGUAAGGCAUGAGAAAAAAGAGGAAGAAACAUUUAAGUAAAUCCACCGACCUUUCGUAAGCCACGUUGAUGGUUAACUUACAGGAUAGUUUUCUAUAAUCCUGAGCCAGAUUUCGAGCCCAUGUGGUACGAAGGACAAAUGUUUAAUUCAAGCUUUGUUCAGUCAGAUAUUAAAAUAGAUAAAGUGGAAGCACUGCGUGAUAUGAAUUCAUUCCUUGAUGCAAUUACUUUGAAUAAUACAAGAAAGAUAAUUUUUAUACACAUUGAUCGCAGAUACUAGCACAAGAUACUAAAAAUUAUAACUAUUCUAUAGAUGAAUCAUUAGGUGGCAGGGAAAAGUUUGGUAUUAUAAUAUAUGUAUAUUUUCUAAAUUAAUUGGGUGGCAUAUAAAUUCAGAGUAUGAUGGUUAUACAAGAAAAAGCAAAAUUGUUUUGGAAAGAUAAAAAUGAAAAGGUCGAACUUUCCAGAUGUUGCCAGACAAAGGGAAAUAGACGACAGAAGCUAAUCUACUGAAUAUCUUCAAUGUUAUUUUACGAAAACGACAUGCAUUACCUACAAAUGAAGAGUAAACAUUUAUAACAACAAAAGAAUAAAAAUCAUAUUUCA